AUGCAUCGGCUUUUGCUUCGGAACUUGAUCCUUACCAGCACAUACGACGAAGUGUGUCACAGCUCAUGGCAAAUCAAUCAGCAUCGCAGCACAGCAGACCAACGUGUUGACCUUUGGCCCCCUUACCAGGAUCGAAUCUCCUGUCGAUCGGCUUUGUGGAUGAAAGAUCUCGCACCUCGACUCGAUGGCGAUGCGAGCCGAUACCGGACGUGA